AUGCUUAUCAACCAUUUCUUCAAAGCCAACAAGUCAUUUAGUUAUGAAGCGCUUCGAGCUGCGGGCUAUAGCAAUCAUGGUGGUGCGGAUCUCGGUGAAGUGAUAGCUAUCUGCUCCAAAAUCCGCCAUGGGAACGAAGAUGACUGGCUGCAUGAGUGGCAGAAAGCUGCCGAGCGAGCAUUCUCCAAUGCAGAGCUUUCAGAAUUUGUGAAAAACCAAAAGAGUGCCUACCACGGAUACCUACGUGCAUCAAAUUACUUCCGCACCGCCGAGUUCUACCGUCGAGACGUUGACGAAGACGAAAUAUCAAAUUUCUUGUAUGGAAGAUCGGAGACCGCCUUUGCAAAGGCGAUGACGCUGUCUACUUUUACGUAUGAGUCGAUCAGCAUUCCCUACGAAGGUACAGCAUUACCGGGCUACUUGAUUUGCCCUGAUAGUACCAAAAAGCCACGACGUACAGUCAUUUUCAACGGUGGUUAUGACUCUACUAUGAGCGAAGGCUGGUUUGCUAUUGGAGCGGCGGCUCUGGAUAGGGGCUAUAAUUUUCUCGCCUUCGAUGGGCCUGGACAAGGUGCAGCCCUCCGACAACAAAAUUUGCACUUUCGACACGACUGGGAGAAUGUCAUCACCCCGGUUGUUGAUUAUGCUUUGUCCCGUGAGGACAUUGAUGGCAAUGCCAUGGUAAUUUUCGGGUGGAGUAUGGGUGGAUACCUCGUGGCACGAGGUGCUACGCAGGAGCAUCGGGCUCGAGCUAUUGUCCUGGACGAUGGUGUGUACGAUUUCGGUUCUGCAUUUCGAGCUCACCAACCGUCCUUUAUCCAGAAGAUGGUUGAACAAAGAUACGAUUCGAUCUACAACUGGAUGUUUCACUGUGCACAAUUCUUUUCGACAGGGAUUCGUUGGGCUCUGCAAAACGGCAAAUGGACAUUUGGCGUGAAGUCUGCUGCAGAUCUGAGUUGUGCUGUGAACAUAUACACUCUAGAAGGAAUAAGUCAAAAAAUUGUCACGCCGUGCUUGAUCAUUGACGCAGAAAAUGACCAUUUUCUGAAAGGGCAACCAGAGCUACUUAGAAGAAAUUUGUUUUGUGAACACGAAUUUGUGAGUCUGCGAGCAGAUGAAGGUGGAGACACACACUGUCACCAAGGAGCCUUCUUUCGAUUGCAUCAAACUAUUUUCGAUUUCUUGGAGCCUCGCCUCCUUCCACCCGAAAUCCCAUGA